CGAGACGCCGAUAUCCCUCCCCGCCAGCAACUCCGCCGCAAAGCCAGACUGACCUUUGUCAGGCCAAUAUACCUCGUUACUUCGACCUCUUUGCCUUCUUUUUAGACCUUCUUUUCUACCAGUUACCUUUCCCCGUCGGCCCAAAAUGAGGCCUAUCUUGCUGUCGGGCCAUGAACGGUCCCUGAACCAAAUCAAAUUCAACCGCGAUGGCGAUCUCCUCUUCUCGGUCGCAAAGGAUAAAAUUGUGUGCGCUUGGUGGUCCGCCAACGGCGAACGUCUGGGAACCUACAACGGCCACCAGGGUGCCAUCUGGACAGUCGACGUCAGCCCCAACACCGUUCUCCUCGCUACCGGAUCAGCAGAUAACACCGUACGACUAUGGAACGUGAAGUCGGGCGAAUGCGUGAAGGUCUGGGAUUUCCCCACCGCCGUGAAGCGGGUCGAGUUCUCGCCGGAUGGUAGCAGAUUGUUGGCCGUGACGGAGAAGCGUAUGGGUUUCCUGGGUACCAUUGCGGUGCUCGACAUUGCCUACGGUGACGGUCAGGGUGGGAACCUCGAGGCGCAGGCUGAGGAACCGGACUUGAGAAUCACCUGCGAAGACGCCAAGGCAACAGUUGCAGGAUGGAGUUAUUUGGGCAAGUUCAUCAUUGCUGGUCACGAGGACGGCAGUGUCAGCCAGUACGACUCGAAGACCGGUGAUCAGAUUGAGAACAUCCAGGCCCACGAGUUCGACCACCAGAUCAACGACAUCCAGUUCUCCGCCGACCGUACCUACUUCAUUACCGCAUCGAAAGACAAGACCGCCAAGCUCAUGUCCACCCGUAACCUCGCUAUCCUCAAGACCUACGUUUCCGACACCCCCCUCAACAGCGCCACCAUCACACCCAAAAAGGAAUACGUGAUCCUGGGAGGUGGUCAGGCCGCCAUGGAUGUCACCACCACCUCUGCUCGCCAGGGUAAAUUCGAGGCUCGUUUCUACCACAAGGUCUUCGAGGACGAAAUCGGUCGUGUCCGUGGUCACUUCGGUCCCCUCAACACCGUCGGUGUCCACCCCAAGGGUACAGCAUACGCCUCCGGUGGUGAGGACGGUUACGUCCGUGUGCACCACUUUGACAAGCCCUACUUUGAUUUCCUGUACGAGGUCGAGCGCGAGCAGUUGAAGCGGUAAAUGAAGCGACGCAGCAUGUGUGGGGGCAAUUUGAUUCUCGGUUUCUAAAUCAUGCAUUCGUGUGUAUGUGUCACGAGGUGAAGACUUCCUUUUCCUCUUUCCUUUCGAUUCUUGCAAAAAAAAAAGAACGGGGCACGACGGGAUUAGGUGACUUGGAGAGUAUUCAGGAGGGGGGCAUGGUUUCUCAUUUUUCUCAUUUCCUUUUUUCUUUAUUCCACGAUAAAUCGGAGUUGGUACCUAUAUUCUUGUGAUUUUGUGUCUAAUGAACCAAAACUUAUGUGAAUGGCUGAGACUUUUUGUCUCUUGCUUUAUACACAAGCCGAUUGCUACGCUCUACGGAGUACGGAGUACAUAGACUAGAUAAAGUCCAGAAAAUUCUUGAAUGUUUAGUCUUCUGAAGUAUAUCAAAUUCAAAUGUGAAUGAAGA